AUGUCUUACCAAGAAGCAGUUGACGAACUUGAAUAUUCUCAUAUCCAAGAGCCAACUAUCUCAGACUACAACCAGCAGAUCACUCCCACCGAAGCUUCAAUCACACAAGCUUUCAAAGUCAUCCCAAAUCCAAUGCCUGUCCAGUCAAAGGUUGCGCUUAAUGUGCCAGACCGCCUGUUUUUCAGGUUGAACGAACUCAUGAAACCAACCAAAGAUCUUGGAUCUGUCCUCACUACCUUCAACUAUGGCCUCUACCUGCUGGCUUACUUCGACUCCAAAGCCUACAAUCUCAAGUCCAAAGCCCUUUCAUUUGUCAGACCAGAAACUGCCUUCACCGCCCUGCCUGUAGCUGCCGAAGCAGAGUCAUCUCCCUUUGCCAGAUUGGGCUCUGUCGUUGCCAAUGCCAGGUUGACACUAAGACUCUUCGGUCUACUCCCUAUCUACGUUCGUGCCAGGAAGCUGAUUAGAGACUCAAAGAGUAUGGACCCUGUACUCUACAUCAUCUCUUUUAUCCAAUGUUCUCUCUUUGCGACGUUCCAGCUCCUCGAGAAUAUCGCAUUCCUCACAGAGAAAGGUGUCCUGAUGAAAUGUGGUCUGGGGUGGCUCUUCAACGGCACAGGCGGACGUGUAGCAAACAUGUACAGGGUCGCGCACCGUGCUUGGUUCUUGGGCAUAAUCUGUGAUUUUGCCCGUCUCAUGCGCGAAGCUCAGAUAUUCUUCACAAAGAAUCAUCUUGAGAAAGGCGAAAUCACUCGAGAGGAAGCCGAGAAGGCUGUGCAGUGGUACUAUGAUUGGAUUCGUCCUCUGGCAUGGUUACCUAUCGGUUGGCAUCUUUCGGGAUGGAUGGGAGAUAAGACAGCGGGAUUCAACUUGGGAGUUCAGGGGGCAGCGGGUGUUUUGGCUGAUCUUAGAAGGACUGCUAUGCUCUGGCAUGCAACUCAGGAAGCCUGAAAUAUCUGCGUCAUCGAGAAUAUUCAAACAGUGUGAAGAUGUGUCAUAUGGAUAGAGUCCUUAGUACAGGGAUUAAAACGCAUUUAACCGCGGGGGUGAAUAG